AUUUUUAUUCAUUAGAAAUUUGUGCAUGUUUUAUAAAUUAAAUUCCGGCAACUGCCAUCUUGGUCAUUGUAAUAGUCAAUUUAAAUAUUUUCUCUCUCUAGAUCUCGCUUUUCUCUCUCUCUCCCAACAUCAUUUUCCCAAAAUCAGCCAAAGGAGAAAACAAACAAAAAUAAUUGGAGUUCCGUAUAAUAAAUUAUGUCGGACGCUUUGAUCAACGGCCUCGCCGGUGCCGGCGGUGGAAUCAUAGCUCAGCUGAUUACUUACCCUCUCCAAACAGUAAAUACUCGGCAACAAACAGAGAGAGAUCCGAAGAAGGAGAGGAAGAAGAAACUUGGGACUGUUGAACAAAUGUGUCAGGUUGUCAAACAAGAAGGGUGGGAUCGGCUUUACGGAGGAUUAGCUCCGUCUCUCGUCGGCACCGCCGCUUCUCAGGGUGUUUACUAUUAUUUCUAUCAAAUAUUCAGGAACAAGGCUGAAGCUACUGCCCUUGAACGGAAAAAGAAAGGCCUCGGUGAUGGAUCAGUUGGAAUGCUCUCGUCGCUUGUGGUUGCUGCUCUAUCUGGGUGUGUAAAUGUGCUGCUGACAAAUCCCAUAUGGGUUGUUGUGACUCGUAUGCAGACUCACACGAAGAAAAGCCAACCAAAUCGUAUUGGUUCUCUAGCUUCAGAGGAAUCAAUCAUUGCUGCAGUGGAACCUCCUCCUUUUGGCACUAACCAUGCGGUUCAAGAAGUUUACGAUGAGGCGGGAUUCUUGGGAUUUUGGAAAGGUGUUUUCCCCACACUGAUAAUGGUGAGCAAUCCUUCAAUACAGUUUAUGCUGUACGAGACUUUCUUGAAGAAGCUGAAGAAACAGCGUCUUUUGAGUAGUAAGGGUAACAAUGUAUCCGCUUUGGAGAUAUUUUUGCUAGGAGCUUUAGCAAAACUUGGAGCUACAGUUGUGACAUAUCCUGUUCUGGUUGUGAAGGCAAGACUUCAAGCGAAACAAAUAACUGGUGGAGACAAAAGGCAUCAGUACAGAGGCAUGCUGGACGCUAUACUUAAAAUGAUACAAUACGAAGGAUUUAAUGGUUUUUACAAAGGUAUGGGCACAAAGAUUGUACAAAGUGUUCUUGCAGCUGCUGUUUUGUUCAUGGUUAAAGAAGAACUUGUCAAGGGUAGUCGAUGGUUGUUAACAAGGGGGGCUAUUGAUUCCGUAAAACCAAAGCUCAAGUAGAAAAGUUAAGUUACCCUGGUAUGUGUCACCUCCACAAACGGACCUAUACAUUUUAAUAAACCUGAAACACUGUCUAAAAUCGAUGAAUAGUAGCAUUAUAUUGUGUAGCACAUUUAUGUGCCACGUCACUAAGAAUACCACCGUUCCGAUAUGGUGAAAAGAUCGACAUGUUCAAGAGUUAAUAGUUUAGCAGAUAUGAUCGAAAAUCGUGAUACAAUGUAUUCAACCAUUUAUCCGUCCAAUAAUGUUACAUGUUGUAGUUGGUUAGUAGCCCUAGUCUCGGAAGCUGCGAUGUUAUUGAAUAUUGACGAUGGAUGCAUCGUUUCGUUUGAAAGUAUUGGUAACGAAAUUAAUGAUAUUAUGUAAAUUAAAAGCUGUUUUAUGGCAAA